AAUGUCUCCUCCUCCAGACAGCACACUGUGAGAAGACCUGUACACACUCCACACCUUCGGCUCUAAGAACAAGCUCAACAUAGUAUAGACAGCAGCUUUUGGCAGGAUGAAGGCUGUGAUUGGGGUGUUUGUACCUGUUCUGCUUCCAUUGGUCUAUGCUCAGACAUUUCAUUGGGGCCCCUGCCCAACACCAAUGGUCCAACCAAACUUUGAGCUAAAUAAGUAUCUUGGAAAGUGGUAUGAGAUCGAAAAGCUCCCGGCAUCUUUUGAGAGGGGCAAGUGCAUUGAGGCAAACUACGUGGUGAGACCUGACAAAACCAUCCAAGUUCUCAACAUUCAGACGUACAAAGGAAAAGUUAGAACUGCAGAGGGUACAGCAGUUGGCCAGGACAUAAGGGAACCAGCAAAGCUUGGAGUCAGUUUCUCCUACUUCACACCCUAUGCCCCAUACUGGGUGCUGUCUACUGACUACAACAGCGUGGCCCUUCUUUAUUCUUGCACUGAUGUUCUCAGACUGUUCCAUGUUGACUAUGCCUGGAUUCUGGCACGCAUGCGCAUCCUGCCUGCAGAGACCGUCUACCAUGCCAAAGAGAUCUUCUCACGAGACAAUAUCGAUGUGAGCAGAAUGGUACCCACAGAUCAGCAAGGAUGUGAUGGUCCCAUUUGAACAAUGAAAACUGAAUUGUAUUAUUUUGGUUAAAGUUACGUUCCUUUGGUCAAUAUUUACAUGCAGUAUGUCUUUUAAUGGUAAGAUUUAUAUAAAACAUUUAUGACCAAAAACUGUUGCCUACAUGUUGCCAAAACAGCCAUCUGAAACUAGCUGACGCGUAUAACGUGAGAUUACAUAAUUUUUUCCCCCCCUUGUGCUCUUGUGAAAAUAAAGCAAGUCUCUCUUGUGCAGUUUUUUCUGUAUCAUGUUUCUCUGUAAUUUAUGAAUAAUGAUUGUAUGGAGUCACAUGUCCUGUGCAAGUUGAUUUGUGCAUUAGCACAAAAAUGAUAGCUAUAUCUAAAAUAUAAA